AUAUUCCAAACAAGGAAAAGGAAAGAGUGGGAAGCAACCUGGCAUAAGAUUUGUGGAGCCUGAGGAAAUGAACCCAAGAAGUAGACUGAAGGGCCAUGUGAAGCUCUGUCAUAGCAGAAAUUUGCUAAAAGAUUGCUUUACUUAAUUUCAGAAAUUGAGAAGGGAUAAGUGGAAGGAGAAAAUGUUGGGCUGGUGCCAAGCGAUAGCUCGUAACCCUCACAGACUUCCAAACAGCACAAGAACACCCGAGGUCUCAGGUGAUGCUCCACAUAACUCUGCUUUGAAUGACAAAUCCCCAGGACGUUCCACAAGUAGAUCAAGUAACAUUUCAAAGGCAAGCAGUCCUACAACAGGAACAGCUCCCAGGAGUCAGUCACGAUUGUCUGUCUGCCCUUCCACUCAGGACAUUUGUAGGAUCUGUCACUGUGAGGGAGAUGAUGAAAGUCCCCUCAUCACACCGUGUCGCUGCACAGGGACCCUACGCUUUGUUCACCAGGCCUGCCUGCACCAGUGGAUUAAGAGCUCAGACACACGCUGUUGUGAACUCUGCAAGUACGACUUUAUAAUGGAGACCAAACUCAAACCUCUUCGGAAGUGGGAGAAACUACAGAUGACAACAAGCGAGAGGAGGAAAAUAGUUUGUUCGGUCACAUUUCACGUAAUUGCUAUUACCUGCGUUGUUUGGUCAUUGUAUGUUUUAAUUGAUAGAACUGCUGAGGAAAUUAAACAAGGCAAUGACAAUGGUGUCCUUGAAUGGCCAUUUUGGACAAAACUUGUUGUGGUGGCCAUUGGAUUCACAGGGGGCCUCGUCUUCAUGUACGUACAGUGUAAGGUUUAUGUUCAACUGUGGCGCAGGUUGAAAGCCUACAAUAGAGUGAUCUUUGUUCAGAACUGUCCAGACACUGCCAAAAAAAUGGAGGAGAAAAACUCUUCAGGCACUCAGAACUCUGAUGUCAAGGAUGCGGUGGUCGUGCCAAUAGCACAGACAGGUACAAACUCUCAGCUGGCAGCUGAAGAAAUGACAUCUGAGGUCAUGCCAGUUUGACAGAGACAGCAUUGUUUCUUCCUUGCAGAAUAAGGUGUAGUGUUUUCUACACUACAAAUGCUGAAAGAGAGUAGAAAUGACUGUGCAUUUUUUCAGUUAAAAAAAAAAAA